AAAGCAAUGGGCUAGCUCACAAUAAUGAUAUGAGAUAGCCGAACAGUGCACCGUUACUUUACUAAAUUCUGUCCGUCUGAGGCUGUUAAAUCCAGAUAAAGUUUGAUAUUUACAAUUUGCCAACCCUUCGCUCGUCGCCACGCCAAAGAAAACAGUUUUAUUGAUACUCAGUGCCAUUCUGUGAGGCGAGAAAGCGGCGAGAGCCAGUGGAAGAAGAAUUGCUUUUAGCCAGUCAUUGCCAUGGCCUCCGAAAGCGGCGAUAGCAACAUGGAUAGAGAAAUGAUUUUAGCCGACUUUCAGGCUUGCACUGGAAUUGACAACAUUGCAGAGGCAAUUACUCUGUUAGAGCUUAAUAACUGGGAUUUAGUGGCAGCUAUCAAUGGCGUGAUACCACAGGAGAAUGGAAUCUUACAAAGUAACUUUUCCAGUGAGGCGAGCCAGUCCACCAUGUACGGACCUCCUAGCCACGCAGAAGCAGCCGACGCAGCAGCGGGAAGUGCAGCUCCUCCCCCCUCCUAUUCGUCUUCAUCCUCUUCUCCUCCGUCGUCCUCAACCUCAGCUUUUUGCCCCCUCAACCCCACCUCCCGACACAUCGUAGAGCGUCAAUCCCGAAUGCUCAACUUCAGAGUGGAGUACCGGCAACGCACUGUAGAGCUGGUGCUGGAGGAGGGUAGCACAGUUGGAGACAUCAAACAAAUCCUUGAGACAGAGCUUGGUGUUCCAGUGUCCAAAAUGCAGCUGAAGGGAUGGAAGAGUGGAGAUGUCUCUGAUAGCACGCUGCUGAGAAGUUUACACUUGCCCAAGAACAACAGCCUGUAUGUCCUGACCCCAGACAUUGCCCCCACUGCCAGCACCAGCACAAACAGUGCUCUCCAAGAGUCGUUAAACCAGAACUUCCUGCUGAUCAUUAGCCAUCGUGAGGCUCAGAGGGACUAUAAUCUCAACUUCCCUGGCUCCAGAACCAUACAAGAGGUGAAGAGGAAUGUUUCAGACUUGACCAACAUCCCAGUCCGGCAUCAGCAGUGGGAGGGAUGGCCUGCAUCAGCAUCCGAUGAUUCUAUGACACUAGCUCUCUCUGGGAUCAGCUAUCCCUGCCAUCACCUCAGUGUUUGCCGAAGGUCCUCACCAGCCAAUGCCCAGGAACCUACAGAAGAGUGUGCAGAUGUCCAUAUGAUCAGCGACAGUGAGGGAGAUGAUUUUGAAGAUGCCUCAGAGUUUGGUGUGGAUGAUUCAGAGAUGUUUGGAAUGGGCUCCUCAACCUGUCGGAAAUCCCCUAUGAUGCCAGAGAAUAGUGAGAAUGAAGCUGAUGCCUUACUUCACUUUACUGCCGAAUUUUCUUCAAGGUAUGGAGAGACCCACCCAAUGUUCUUCAUUGGGUCUUUGGAGGCAGCAUCUCAAGAGGCCUUCUAUGGUAAAGCCAGAGAUAGAAAGCUGCUUGCCAUCUACCUCCACAAUGAUGACAGUGUUCUCAGCAACGUGUUCUGCUCCCAAAUGAUGUGUGCUGACUCCAUUGUUUCUUACCUGAGCCAGAACUUCAUCACAUGGGCCUGGGACGUCACUAAAGAAGCUAACAAAGCCAGACUACUCACCAUGUGUACAAGACACUUUGGCAGUGUGGUAACACAGACUAUACGGACAUACAAGACAGACCAGUUCCCCCUGCUCCUUAUAGUCAUGGGCAAACGUACAUCCAACGAAGUUCUAAAUGUUAUUCAAGGCAAUACAACAGUGGAUGAGCUGAUGAUGAGGUUAAUGGGUGCAAUGGAGAUCUUCACAGCACAACAGCAAGAGGACAUCAAAGAUGAGGAUGAGAGAGAAGCAAGAGAGAUGGUGAAAAGAGAGCAAGAUGAGGCCUACCGUUUGUCUUUAGAGGCUGACCGCAAGAAGAGAGAAGCUCAAGAGAGAGAAGAGGCCGAACAGGUUCGCCUAGAACAGAUGAGAAAAGAGCAGGAGGAGGAGAAGGAGGCAAUCCGUCUGUCAUUGGAGCAGGCCCUACCCCCAGAGCCUGAUGAAGAGUCAGGAGAGCAAAUCAGCAAACUGAGAAUCCGCACACCAAGUGGCGAGUUUCUGGAAAGGCGUUUCUUGGGCAGCUGUAAGCUCCAGGUCCUCUUUGACUUUGUGGCCUCCAAGGGAUAUCCGUUUGAAGAAUUCAAGCUCCUCACCACCUUCCCCCGUAGAAAUAUCACCCAGUUGGCCCCAGGAUCAACUUUGUUGGAGGCCAAGCUGUUUCCACAGGAGACACUUUUCUUGGAGGCUAAGGAGUAGAGUUGCCCCCUCUCACAGCUGAGAGGACUGACUGAUGAACUGGCUGGACGCACACUAGUCACCGAGCAUGGGCCCCCCCUCCCCCCAGUCUGGGCCUACAGUACACACACAUACACACACACCCACACAGACACACAUAAACGACCCCCUCUCAGACUUACAUAAACACACUGGCAUGCACAUCCAGUGACACACAAGUGCAAGUAAGCUUCUCUGCCCUCGGCCUGGUCGUGGUACGGGAAUGCCUCGUGUACACGUGUUGCACAGAGGAGCAAAGACAGUAUCACAAGCACACAGCCAAACAUCCACCUCCUCAAACUCUCUCUCGUCUCUCACUCUUCACACAUUUCACCACUUCACGUUCUCAAACUGCUGUGUCAAGGUUUUCUCUCACAACACAAACACAGUAUGGUAACAGCAUUGAGGGACUGAGUAGACAAAUGUUGUCACAGGAAAAAAUAAAAUAAAAAAAAACAAAUGCGAGGACUUGUUCCCACGUUUCCUCAUAAAACACAACAAGGCUGCUUUUUUAGAACAUGGUUUUUGUGUUUGAAAUAAAAAAAAAAACUCCCCCCCUCCCUUUAACCUUUCCCAAAUCCCACUUUCUACCCCUCCCUCCUCUGCCUCUCCCUGUCCUCCACCCCUGCACCCUCUCUCCGUCCGCUCUCUACUGUGGGGAUGGAACUUGAUGGGUCACCUGAUCGAUCUCUGCUCCCCUGGUUUUAACAUCCACUGCUCCACAAGCCAAUAGAUUGCUCAGUUUUCUUUUUUCUUUUUUUUUCUGGAUCUUUUUAAGUUUGAUGCUGUAUUAGUUUUAGUUUGAUAUACAUUAUAUAAAAUAUAUGAAUAUGAACAUCA